AUGCUACUCCGUUGGUUACGCCGAAAGGAAUACGACGGAACUGAAACAGCUCUCCGCAUGCUUCAAAAGCCGUAUACGAUCGACUGCGACGAUAUCCAGAUCGAGAAACCUAAACGAGUUGUGGAUGUUCGUGCAAGUAAGGGACGUGUACUAAGGUAUCUGCGGCUCCCAAAAGCCGUCGACUUCAUGUCUCCAGACACGACGGAAUAUUUUUCCCAGACUCAGCGAAAUAAUUUGUUUGCUCAGUUAAAGGCCAAUAAAGACUAG